UGCUUAGAGAGAAGUGGUGGGUCUGCGCCUGGAUUUCGGAGUCACUGUGCUGCCGCAGCUCUGAGCACUCCCACGUCAUUAGAGGAGCCGGUGGGGAAUGAGAUCAUGUCUGCUUUCAGGUUGUGGCCCGGCCUGCUGAUGAUCGUGCUGGCUUCUCUCUGCCAUAGAGGUUCAUCGUGUGGCCUUUCAACGCACGUAGAAAUCGGACACAGAGCUCUGGAGUUUCUUCAUCUUCACAAUGGGCAUGUUAACUACAAAGAGCUGUUACUAGAACACCAGGAUGCAUAUCAGGCUGGAACCGUGUUUCCUGAUUGUUUUUACCCUAGCAUCUGCAAAGGAGGAAAAUUCCAUGAUGUGUCUGAGAGCACUCACUGGACUCCGUUUCUUAACGCAAGCGUUCAUUAUAUCCGAGAGAACUAUCCCCUUCCCUGGGAGAAGGACACAGAGAAACUGGUAGCUUUCUUGUUUGGAAUUACUUCUCAUAUGGUAGCAGAUGUCAGCUGGCAUAGUCUGGGCAUUGAACAAGGAUUCCUUAGGACCAUGGGAGCUAUUGAUUUUCACGGCUCCUAUUCUGAGGCUCAUUCGGCUGGUGAUUUUGGAGGAGAUGUGUUGAGCCAGUUUGAGUUUAAUUUUAAUUACCUUGCACGACGCUGGUAUGUGCCAGUCAAAGAUCUACUGGGAAUUUAUGAGAAACUCUAUGGUCGAGAAGUCAUCACUGAAAAUGUAAUUGUUGAUUGUUCACAUAUCCAGUUCUUAGAAAUGUAUGGUGAGAUGCUAGCUGUUUCCAAGUUAUAUCCCACUUACUCUACAAAGUCCCCGUUUUUGGUGGAACAAUUCCAAGAGUAUUUUCUUGGAGGACUGGAUGAUAUGGCGUUUUGGUCCACUAAUAUUUACCAUCUAACAAGCUUCAUGUUGGAGAAUGGGACCAGUGACUGCAACCUACCUGAGAACCCUCUGUUCAUUGCAUGUGGUGGCCAGCAAAACCACAGCCAGGGCUCGAAAAUGCAGAAAAAUGAUUUUCACAGAAAUUUGACUAUAUCCCUAACUGAAAACAUUAACAGGAAUAUAAACUAUACUGAAAGAGGAGUGUUCUUUAGUGUAAAUUCCUGGACCCCGGGUUCCAUGUCCUUUAUCUACAAGGCUUUGGAAAGGAACGUAAGGACAAUGUUCAUAGGUGGCUCUCAGUUGUCACAGAAGCACAUCUCCAGCCCUUUAGCAUCUUACUUCUUGUCAUUUCCUUAUGCGAGGCUUGGCUGGGCAAUGACCUCAGCUGACCUCAACCAGGAUGGGUACGGCGACCUCGUGGUGGGCGCACCAGGCUACAGCCGCCCUGGCCGCAUCCACAUUGGGCGCGUGUACCUCAUCUACGGCAAUAAACUGGGUGUGCCGCCCGUUGACCUGGACCUGGACAAGGAGGCCCACAGGAUCCUUGAAGGUUUCCAGCCCUCAGGUCGGUUUGGCUCGGCCUUGGCUGUGUUGGACUUUAACAUGGACGGCGUGCCUGACCUGGCCGUGGGAGCUCCCUCGGUGGGCUCCGAGCAGCUCACCUACAAAGGUGCCGUGUAUGUCUACUUUGGUUCCAAACAAGGAAGAAUGUCUUCUUCCCCUAACAUCACCAUCUCUUGCCAGGACAUCUACUGUAACUUGGGCUGGACUCUCUUGGCUGCAGAUGUGAAUGGAGACAGUGAGCCCGAUCUGGUCAUUGGCUCCCCUUUUGCACCAGGUGGAGGGAAGCAGAAGGGAAUUGUGGCUGCGUUUUAUUCUGGCCCCAGCCUGAGCGACAAAGAGAAACUGAACGUGGAGGCGGCCAACUGGACGGUGAGAGGCGAGGAAGACUUCUCCUGGUUUGGAUACUCCCUUCACGGUGUCACUGUGGACAACAGAACCUUGCUGCUGGUUGGGAGCCCGACCUGGAAGAAUGCCAGCAGGCUGGGCCAUUUGUUACACAUCCGAGAUGAGAAAAAGAGCCUUGGGAGGGUGUAUGGCUACUUCCCACCAAACGGCCAAAGCUGGUUUACCAUUUCUGGAGACAAGGCAAUGGGGAAACUGGGUACUUCCCUGUCCAGUGGCCACGUACUGAUAAAUGGAACUCUGACCCAAGUGCUGCUGGUUGGAGCCCCGACACGUGAUGAUGUGUCUAAGAUGGCAUUCCUGACCAUGACCCUGCACCAAGGCGGAGCCACUCGGAUGUACGCGCUCACAUCCGACCUGCAGCCUCCACUGCUCAGCACCUUCAGCGGAGACCGCCGCUUCUCCCGAUUUGGUGGCGUUCUGCACUUGAGUGACCUGGAUGAUGAUGGCAUAGAUGAAAUCAUCAUGGCGGCACCCCUGAGGAUAGCAGAUGUAACCUCUGGGCUGAUUGGGGGAGAAGAUGGCCGAGUUUAUGUAUAUAAUGGCAAAGAGACCACCCUUGGUGACAUGACUGGCAAAUGCAAAUCAUGGAUAACUCCAUGUCCAGAAGAAAAGGCCCAAUAUGUAUUGAUUUCUCCUGAAGCCAGCUCAAGGUUUGGGAGCUCCCUGAUCACCGUGAGGUCCAAGGCAAAGAAUCAAGUCGUCAUUGCUGCUGGAAGGAGUUCUUUGGGAGCCCGACUCUCCGGGGCACUUCACGUCUAUAGCUUUGGCUCAGAUUGAAGAUUUCACUGCGUUUCCCCACUCUGCCCACCUCUCUCAUGCUGAAUCACAUCCAUGGUGAGCAUUUUGAUGGACAAAGUGGCACAUCCAGUCGAGCUGUGGCAGAUCCUGAUAGAUGUGGGGCUCCUGGGAGUAGGGACACACACCAACAGCCACACUUUCUGGAAAUCUGAUAUAGUAAAUAUAUGACUGCACCAGGAGUAUGUGAAA